AUGUCCACUGAGCCCCUGGGCAAUGGUACCCUGAAGGAAGCCCCAUUUAAAAACCUGGUCUUGAAAAAAGCGGAGCUGGAGUUCGCCCAGGUGGUCGUCGUGGUGGUGGUGGUCACAGUGAUGGUCGUGGUUGUCGUCUGCCUGCUGAACCACUACAGAGUCUCCACCCGGUCCUUUAUCCACCACCCGGGGCAGGGCCGGAGGCAGGACGGGCCGCAGCCGGAAGGGCGCCUGUGGCCUUCAGACAGAUCUGGACCUCAGCCCACCUCAGAGAUCAUGUAUGCCCCGCAGUCCAGGAAUGGGGGGACUGCCCCCACCUUUCUCCAGAGGGAUCGGUUCAGCCGAUUCCAGCCCACCUACCCCUACGUGCAACACGAGAUCGACCUUCCCCCCACCAUCUCCCUGUCGGACGGGGAGGAGCCACCUCCUUACCAGGGGCCCUGCACCCUGCAGCUCCGGGAUCCCGAACAGCAGAUGGAACUCAACCGAGAGUCUGUGAGGGCCCCGCCCAACCGAACCAUAUUUGACAGCGAUUUGAUAGAUGUGUCCGUCUACAGCGGGGGCCCACGCCCACCCAGCAGCAAUUCAGGCAUAAGUGCCAGCACCUGCAGCAGUAACAGGAGGAUGGAGGGGCCACCCCCGGCCUACAGUGAGGUGAUGGGCCACUGCCUGGGCGCCACUCUCUUCCACCCCCAGCACAGCAGCACACACGGGGGGAGCAGACUGCCACUCCAGCGGGACGGCCUGGGGGGCACCGAGCUGCCCGUCCAGGGCAAGGACAGGAAGCCCGGGAACCUCAUCUGACCUGCGUACACACCUGACUUAAGAAAGGAGGAGGGAGGUGGUGGCACUACUCCUCCAUCCCCAGCACAGCAAGUUCAGUAAAACAGAAUGAUUCCUUCCACAGGAGCCGCAUGCAGGCUGAAAUAGUACAAACCUCCUCCAGUCUGGCCGCAAACGGUGUUCAUCUGGGGUAGUGAUAGGAAAGGGCAGGUUUUGGCAAAGGGUGGGCAUGAGAAUACAAAGGGGUGCUUUGAAGACAUCAUGAAAUAAAACCCCCAGAGGCAUCUGACUUGAUUAUGAAAGCAGACGCAGCAGGGGAAGAGGCCAGAAUGGCCUGCUUUACAAUUCACUGAAUAAAGAGGAAAACAUUAUUAUACAUUAUGGGGAAGAAUCGCCAGUUUGCUUCCCACCCCCAAAC